AUGGACCUGCAGACCCUCGGCUCCUACCAGGGGGGAGCUGGCCCUGACUUCUAUGAGCAUGUCCUGCAUAAGACCAUCCUGGUGGGCGACAGCGGCGUGGGGAAGACAUCUCUGCUGGUCCAGUUCGACCAGGGCAAGUUCAUCCCCGGCUCCUUCUCGGCCACUGUGGGCAUCGGAUUCACGGUGAUGCUUCUGGGAGACUCGGGCGUCGGGAAAACCUGUUUCCUGAUCCAAUUCAAAGACGGGGCCUUCCUGUCCGGGACCUUCCUAGCCACCGUCGGCAUAGACUUCAGGAACAAGGUGGUGACCGUGGACGGCGUGAGGGUGAAGCUGCAGAUCUGGGACACCGCCGGGCAGGAGCGGUUCCGCAGUGUCACCCACGCUUACUACCGAGAUGCCCAAGCCCUGCUCCUGCUGUAUGACAUCACCAACAAGGCCUCCUUCGAAAACAUCCGGGCCUGGCUCACGGAGAUUCAUGAGUACGCCCAGAGGGAUGUGGUGAUCAUGCUGCUAGGCAACAAGGCAGACGUGAGCAGUGAGAGGGUGAUUCGCUCAGAAGACGGAGAGACGCUGGCCAGGGAGUACGGAGUUCCCUUCUUGGAGACCAGCGCCAAGACCGGCAUGAAUGUGGAGCUGGCCUUCCUGGCCAUUGCCAAGGAGCUGAAGUACAGAGCCGGGCAGCAGGCCGGAGAGCCCAGCUUCCAGAUCCGAGACUACGUGGAGUCCCAGAAGAAGCGGCCCGGCUGCUGCUCCUUCCUGUGA